UGCUGCUGUUACUGUAGUUUGGAGUCGUCAGGACUCAGAAGUGAACGUAGCAGCGUUUGGGCUCCGCUGAAGAACAGCUUUUAUUUUUAAACCUCAUUCCAUUAUUUUAUGAAUUGUACAUUUGUGUAGAUAUAUAUAUAUUUUUUUCUAUUUUUUUAAAGAACACCAAGACCCGGAGAAGAUGGAACUGAAUUCUCUUUUAAUUUUGCUGGAGGCUGCAGAAUAUUUGGAGAGACGAGACAGAGAGGCAGAACAUGGUUAUGCGUCUGUUUUACCCUACAGCAGUGACUUUUCCCGAAAGAAAUCGAAAGCCACACCAAUUUCCAGAAAAGCUCAGAACAAUAGAUCAUCACACAAUGAGCUUGAAAAACACAGACGUGCCAAGCUACGGCUCUAUUUGGAGCAGUUGAAGAAGCUGGUGCCUUUGGGUCCAGACAGCACGAGACACACCACCCUGAGCCUGCUGAAAAGGGCCAAAAUGCACAUUAAGAAGCUGGAGGAACAGGACAGGAAGGCUUUAAAUGUGAAGGAGCAGCUUCAGAGAGAGCACCGCUACCUCAAACGCCGCCUCGAGCAGCUCUCCGUGUCGGGGUCCGUGGAGCGCAUUCGCACUGACAGCAUGGGCUCCACCAUCUCCACCGACUCAGAGCAAGAGGUGGACAUUGAGGGCAUGGAGUUCACCCCGGGCGAGGUGGACAGCGUAGACAGCAUCAGCGACGGCGAGGAGGAGGACGAGGAGGAAGAGGAGGACCACUACGGCGUCCAGAGCAGCUCCAGCGAUACCAGCUACACAGCCGCACAUUCCCACAGACUGCAACCGCACCACUGUUAGGCACCCUCCGUCGCUCAACCAACCAGUUCCUCCCAGCCUUUUGCUUUUCCUUCCUGAUUCCCUCCCGCCCUCGACGCCGCCUGUUACCUGCGUCAGACCGGUCCACGACGGCAGUACGGCUUCCACCUGUUCCAGGCCACGCCUCUGCAGGCUGACAUGCUAGCCGAGCCCUUCCUGGCACCCAUCGACCCCCAACGCAUCCUGCCCCCCACAACCCCUUCUAACCUAGUGUUGCUGCAGGCUCAGACAGCGCAGAGGAGAGUUUGUGGCUUUUCUUUCUGAUAAUUAGAAAGAUAAUUACUUAGUCAGGCAGUAAAGAAGAACAGCUUUGACCUGUUAAUCGCUUAAUGCAAAAGCAAGUUUCAUUUAUCUUCCUGAGGCAAAAGUGUUCAAACAAGGCUUUGCACUAAAAAAAAAAGAAAAGCACUUCUGUUUGUCAACCAUUACAUAGAGAAAUGACUGUUGCUAAAUAUUUAUAGCCAUCUUGAAGCUUUCUGCUGACAAAUGCUACGAAAUUUCCAACAAACUACAUUGAAGAUUAUAAUUGUAACGUGAAAAAUGUGACAAACUUCAUGGGGUGUGAAUACUUUUCCAAGGCCCUUAAAAGGUCACAUUAAGAGCACGAUCACAGUCCAAAUGCAUCGACCCUUUAUUGUUCAUCUUCAUCACAUCCUGAAUGCACAGCCAGGUUGCUGAAAGCAUGCAACACACAUUGUGACUUUUUUUUUUUUUUUUUCUUUAUCCACAACCUUUUUUUAUGGUCAGUUCAUCUUUCAGUGAAGACGACAGGAGAAACAUCAGAGCUGCAGGAGCAGAAACAGUGUAAAUAGAUAAUCCAGUUACUGUCCACGUCUCCCUCUGGUUGGGUCACCUAACCACUAACUCCACACUACUGACCACUACACUAUACCACCAGAUGGUGUGGAUGGACUACUAAUUCAGAAAGAAAAACAGAAAGGAAUGAGUUGCCCUACAACUAUAAAAACCCAAACAUUGUGUUUUGUUUUGUUUUUUCCUUCUCAGUAGCUAAUUGAUGUAGCAAAUAAGAGGCUUCCUCUUAAGUUUUGAAGUGAUCCUGGCGGACCACGAGCUAUUGUUAUUGGGAGAUGUUUAUGUUGUGUUUUGUUUCUUUGACCUGUAGAUGGUAAGCUGACCUUUGCGUCAGAUUCACUAACUGACCUCUGCCCGUCUGCACAGCGCCACCUAACGAUAAGAAUUGGAAAAUUCUCCGCAGCUCUGUCGCUUCGCCUGAAUUUACAGCGUCCGAUUAACAGGUCAAAGCUGACAACUCAGUGGGAAACUGUUCUUGUUCUGUUAAGAGAUACAGAACUUAGCAAACUAAUCCUUCAGUUUUUCCAGCAGAAGUAAUGCUCUUCUCUUUGCUUUCUCCUACCUUUUUUAUUAUUAUUAUUAUUAUUGCUCCUCUCGGCUUUUCUGGAUGAAUUUCCCCCAGGCUUUGACUGUAACUGAUGCACAAUAGUGGUUAUGGACAGACGAGGCGCUCCUGUUGCUCUCUGACGGUGUUAGUAAUCAAUAAGUCCCUCCGACCUCCACCUCACUCAACCCCACCCACCCAGCCACCCACCCACCCCUCGGUCUUUUUGCAGUCUGUAGAGCUUGGCACUUUAAAAAAAAACAAAAACAAAACACAAAACAGCAGCUCGUCCACUAUGGCGGGUGGGUCUGACCAAAAAAAUACAAAACUGCUAAAAAUAGAAGAAAAAAAAAAACCUGGAAAGAAAAGAAGCUACUCAUCACUUAAAGUGAAACCAGCUAGUGUACUCUAUAUUUCUUGUACUGAGUUUUGUAUUAUAUUUUCCUAAAUGUUCUUUAAAGCGGAAAAAAAAGUCAAAAAAAGAGUGAGUAUAUCUAUCUAUAUCUAUAAAUAUAUAUCUAUAUAAAAGAGACAGACAGACAGGAGGCCAGGCUUGUUGAAGGGAGAGUGGGGGCAGGGGAGCUCAUACACUGGCCCCCCCUCUCUUGGGUGACUCUUCUGCUGUCAUUCUGUGCCUUGGUGAGCCUUCCUCCUCCACCUCCUCUUCCUCCUCCUCGUUACCUCCCCAACUCAGGUCACACUCCCCCCCCCCCUCCUCCUCCUUGUUUUCUCUACACUUCCACAAGCAGAGGGGUAUUGUGACGAACAUCAGUGCCCCUUGGCUUUUGCUUGGAGCCACCGCCGCACCCUAUCCAGGAGCCCCCGCUGCCCCAGCCACCUCUGUCAUGGAAAUAAACAAAAAAACACACACACUGGUGAACUCCCAUGGCAGCUUCUAUUCGCUCCACAGCCCCACCGAACAGACACCAGCGGGGGGGGCUCUAAACGUCUGGGCUUGAAGCUUCUUCAUCUUCUUUAAUAUUAUUUUUUUUUUUUACAAUUAUUGUAUUUUGACUAAAUGUUUGUUCUGCGGGAGCCGCCUGGGAGAGGAGUGAUAAAAGAAUAAUCCAAUCAAUGGCAGCUUAAGGUGUUAUCCUCCGAGCUCCCAGGUGGUCCGACCCAAACUGAAAAAGAAAAAAAAAAACUAGUGUUACCCAUCGAUCAGGAGGACUUCUUGACUAACAGCAAUAUGACCAUCUUGUGCUUUCAGACAAGGGAGGGUGGGCAGGGCAGGGAUUUUUAAAGACAAGCAGGUGGUUUAUUUUGCUCUUACUCUGUGGUGCAUUUAUGGUGACCAACACUUUUUUUUUUUUUUUUUUACCUCCUAUCUGCACUCUCUCCAUACACUGCAGGAGGGCACAAAAAAAAGAAGAAACCCAACCCCAGGUUAAAUUUUUUUUUUUUUUUUGGUCAUAAACAGUUUACAUUCAUGUCAGAGCAUUUGUACAUGACUGUUAGUUGCAAAAAACUAAACAAACAAAUGAAAAAAAAAAGGCAUCCAUGUUGGUCAAAAUGAACAACUGAGUAUACUAUUAUUGAAGGCAUGGGAUGAUUCUCUCGCACAGAACCUCCUGUAUGAGACGCAACAGGGAUUGGGGCGAGUUCAGAGUCGGAUGUGAGAUUAUGAUGUUUCAGUUCUGUCGUUGGGAAAAAAAAAUAUAGCACACACAGUCAUGCUGAGUGGUUGCUGA